GUCGGGGGAGUAGACAAGCACCGAUGAGCGGCAAGCCGUGGGAAGAGACGCUUCGCUACAAGGGCGCGACCGAGGGCCGGACGCCCGACCAGCCGCCGGAUGCCAGCGCGACGCCGCCUUCAACGCCCGAAGCCACGGAGGCGCCGCGCCCGGACGCGUCAGCGAGCAGCGCUGCGGCGGCGUCGCGCAUCGAGCAGUUUCUCGCGUGGCGCGCCCGCAAGGAUGGCCUCGGCGCCAAGCCGCUGAUCUCGGACGUCCCGCUCAAGAUCAAGAGCUCGUUCAAGCCCGACGACCCGGCGGUCAUUCGCCGCAAGCACGACGACCGGCUCUCGGCGACCUACAAGGCGUUCCUGGCCGCCCAUGCGCCGCCGCCCGCCGAGGACAACAACAGCAACACUGCCGCCGACUCGGAGGCGCCAUCGACAAUCACCGCUACGUUCGAGAGCCCGCCCGUGCACACACGAUCCAAGGGCAAGCGGACGCCCAAGGCGCGCCACAACUUAUUUGCUGCGCCGCGCAAGUCGGCGAAAGGCCGAGCGCAGCUCCACCGGAGCACGUCCAAGCCGUCGACAUCGGACGCAUUCGACGACUUGCCGCCGACGCCACCAAGCCGCAAGAAGGUCGCGAUCAAGCUCAACUUUGACUCGCCCGAAGACGACAGCAGCGACGAUAGCAACACCAACAACAACCAACGCUCGGUUACGUGCGACGACAGCCCGACUGCACGUUACGACGAGACGAGCAGUGUUUCGGGCAGCGUCGACACGGAGACCGCAGCUCCGUUGCCAGAGCCUGCCUUGCCGCCUGUCUUGCUGCCCGUCGUGCAUACUCUGGACAAGCCGGCGACAUCGUCCUUGCCGGCGACCGAGGCGUCCAGCACCAAGACGACAACGUUGAUCAAGGACGUACCACCGCCGCCAUCCUCCAUGUCGCUGCGCGAGGUCCUUUUGCGUAUUUUACUCUCCCUUCUGUGUCUCAGCCUUGGUGUCAUCUCGCUCCAGUACCAAGAACAGUGCGGUACGAUGCUGCGUCUGCGUGUCGAGCAGCUAUUCCACGAUGCGUUCGACGUUGCGCAGUACGCUAUCGAGCUCAACGCCAAAGCCUCGUCCGUCGCAACCUCGACACGAGCUCAGUUGAAUGCAUGGACAAGCGAGUGGACAUCGAUGUCGACCGCGCUCGUCGAGCAGCAGGCGUCGGUGCGCGCUGAGAUCGUUGCCGUCAACGAAGCGACGGCCACCGAGAUCCACGCCGCUCUCGGCGCCGCCGUCGAAGCCUUCCGAGCGACGAUUACUGCGUCGGUCGAGGCGCAUGCGCGCGACGUAGCCUCGCUGCCCGAGACCCCGUCGCUACCAGAGAUCGUCACGGCGAUCUCCCACGAGGUCGACACGAGUCGAGCGACGCUGCAGUCGGCGGUCAAGACGUACACGGACCGCACACGCCACAGCGACGCUUUGACUGAUGACAUGGCGCACUGGUCCAACCAAGUGCAUGCACUCAAUGCGACGCUCCUCGCCGAGCAAGAGUCCACGGCACGGGCGCCGCUAACGCCGACAGAGCCGCUGCCGUCGACAUCGUGGGAUGCCAACGACUACUACAUGCUGAGUAUCGUGCUGCUGUCGUCACUCGCCGUGUACUUCAUUUGGCGCAAGUAUAUCGAGCCGGAUGCGCGCGCCAGUGACGACACAGACGUCCAGGACGAUGACGAUGACGACGAUGACGGCGUUGUCUUUAUCCCCAAGCGAAGCAGUGCACCGAGCGUGGUCACCACGUCGUCUGUGGAGAAGACGUCACCAGUCUCGCGCGUCCCAGACAUGACGCCUCCCGACAUGACGUCGCCACAGCGUCUUCGCACGUUGCGGGCAAAUCGAUCGACGACGACGCAGAUGACAAUGGCCGCCUCCGAAUGAUGAAACUGCAGUUGGAAGAUAGGACUAGUCAGACACCUCGUAUCGAUGUACAGUCGUAUUUAGUUGUCUAUGGAUCAUCGAGCGAAUUGGAAUGGGCAGAAUUGGAGUCCUUUGAAUCAGGAAUCCUCGACGCACACUGGACCACUUGUCGAUCCAUCAAUCAAUCGCACCUCGUUGACCAGCACGUCGGCGCUCUCAGUGC